CUGGAGGUUUGCUUGGAGGAGAGCGGCAGGACUGAGGCUGGAGCCGGACUGGGGCAUGCCUGGAAAGAAAGAAUCUGAGUCUUGAACACUGUAAUUCAUUUCUACAGUUUGUUGUGGAAAAAUAUCACAGAGCAAUUCCCCAAUAUGAAAACAGAAUGGCAAGAUAUGAAAAUAGGGGAGGGACCAGCAGGGAGGGGAAUGGCUGCUCAUGACCUCCAGGCUGGGAGUAUCAGAGGAUUCCUUCGGAGGAGGCCAAGAGAUCAUCCAGCAGCAGAGGGUUCCCUUUCCCUGGCACAGUGGGAAGCCCAGUGGCAGGAGUUCCUCAGGACACUGGAAAGCCCUCACUCUGGAUGGGGAAGCCCACACUUGCCAGCAAAACCUUCACCCUGGGAUGAUGCCAAGGCCUUUCUGGCCUCCUUUGAGCAAGUGGCUGAAGCCUGUCAGUGGCCCCAGGAAGAGUGGGUGACCCGACUCCGGCCAGCCCUUAGUGGAGAAGCUGAGCAGGCCUUUAACAGUCUGGAUGUCAGAGACAGAGAGGAUUAUGGGAAGGUGAAGGCAGCCAUCUUGCGAGGGGAUGUCCUGAGCCGGGAGAAGCAACGUCAGCAGUUCAGGCGUUUCUGCUACCAGGAGGCCGAGGGGCCACGGGGGGCUUACAGCCAACUCCGGGAAAUGUGCCGUGGGUGGCUAAGAGUGGAGAAGCACAGCAAGGAGCAGAUCCUGGAGCUCUUGAUCCUGGAGCAGCUGCUGACUGUCCUGCCCCCAGAGAUCCGGAGCUGGGUGAGCGAAGGCGGCCCUGAGAGCUGCUCCCAGGCAGUGGCCCUGGCUGAAGAGUUCCUCUUACGGCAGGAGACGCAGGUUCUCUUGGAGGAGGCAUCUGGGAGGGUCUCUGAGGCAGGCCAGGAUCCGUGUGAGGCUGAGCAGGGGCAGCUCACGAGGGGCCUCAAGGAAGAGGAGGAUGGAGAAGCCAGCCCGCUAGCAGGAGCCGUAGAGGAGACGAUUGAGGAAUUUCAAGGAUUCUCAUUGAAUAAAGGCAAGAACGAAGAGUCUAAAGGAAACUUCGGGAUUCUAACUCAGCCACCAAGGCAGGAGGAAAGCCAUGCGGAGAAGAUGAGGAAUAAGCCCGUUCCUUGCCAAGCAGGGGAAUUCCAUGAAAUCCCAGUCCGAGCAGAAAGAUCACCCCAAAAAAGAAGGAAGGAAGGGCAUGAAAAUGCAAGUAUGGCGUCUGGAACAACCUUCAUUCAGAGCAUGAAUGUUAUUUCCCAUCUAGAUGUUCCCUCAAGAGAGAAACCAUAUAGUUGCUUGGAGUGUGGAAAAGGCUUCAGUCGGAGAGCAGUCCUUGUUUCACAUCAGAGGAUUCACUCAGCAGGGGACAGUCAGGAGAAUGAGGACGACGAGGAUUGGCUUGAGUCAUCCCAAGAUAAAGCAAAGGAUGAAGAGCUGGAAGGAAACUUCAGGAAUCGAGAUGGACCCAAGAGGCCAGAGGGAAGCCACACAGUGGAGAAGAGGGAUAAACACAUUCCUUGCCAAAGAGAGGAUUUCUCUGAAGCAAUUCCCAUGCUGGAGGAAAAAUCCAAGUGCUUGAAGAGUGGAAUGAACUUCUCAGAUCAAUCUCAGUAUAAUAUUCAUUCCCAAAAGCACAAUGGGAAGAAGACCCAUAAAUGCUUGGAGUGCGGGAAGUGCUUCGAGUACACAUCACAUCUCAUCAGUCACCAAAGAAUUCACACAGGGGAGAGACCAUUUGAGUGCUCAGAUUGUGGAAAGAAAUUCAUCUCUAAUAGAUAUCUUCUGCAGCAUCUAAGAAGCCACACAGGGGAGAAACCUUCUGAGUGCUCUGAAUGUGGAAAGAAAUUCUUCUGUAAUGAAGCUCUUCUGCGGCAUCUAAGAAGGCACAGAGGGGAGAAACCUUUUGAGUGCUCUGAUUGUGGAAAGAAAUUCAACCGCAGUGGACAUCUUCAGCAACAUCAAAGAAUCCACACAGGUGUGAAACCUUUUGAGUGCUCAGAUUGUGGAAAGAAAUUCAACUGCAGUGGACAUCUUCAGCAACAUCAAAGAAUCCACACAGGGGUGAAACCUUUUGAGUGCUCAGAUUGUGGAAAGAAAUUCAACUGCAAUGGACAUCUUCAGCAACAUCAAAGAAUCCACACAGGGGUGAAACCUUUUGAGUGCUCUGAUUGUGGAAAGAAAUUCAACCGCAGUGGAAAUCUUCAGCAACAUCAAAGAAUCCACACAGGGGUGAAACCUUUUGAGUGCUCAGAUUGUGGAAAGAAAUUCAACUGCAGUAGAAAUCUUCAGCAACAUCAAAGAAUCCACACAGGGGUGAAACGUUUUCAGUGCUCAGAUUGUGGAAAGAAAUUCUUCUGUAAUAGUUAUCUUCUGCAGCAUCUAAGAACCCACGCAGGGGAGAAACCUUUUGAGUGCUCUGCAUGUGGAAAGAAAUUCUUCUAUAAUGGAGAUCUUCUGCGGCAUCUAAGAAGGCACACAGGGGAGAAACCUUUUGAGUGCUCAGAUUGUGGAAAGAAAUUCAACCGCAGUGGACAUCUUCAGCGACAUCAAAGAAUCCACACAGGGGUGAAACCUUUUGAGUGCUCUGAUUGUGGAAAGAAAUUCAACCGCAGUGGAAAUCUUCAGCAACAUCAAAGAAUCCACACAGGGGUGAAACCUUUUGAGUGCUCAGCAUGUGGAAAGAGCUUCAAUCGCAAAAUCCACCUUCAUCGACAUCAGAGAAUCCAUAUGAGGAGAAACCACGUCACAGCUCAGCCAGUUACAACAACUCACCUCGAACAGUGAUCUGCAGCGGCAUAAAAGAACUCACACAGGGGAGAAACCUUUUGAGUGCUCAGAUUGUGGAAAGAGAUUCAACCACAAAAGAGCUUCAAUCACAAAAUCCAACUUUAUCGACAUCAAAGAAUCCAUAUGAGGAGAAGCCACGUCACUGCUCAGCCAGUUACAAUUAGAGGUGUGCAAAUCGGGUUUUAGAUACCCGAAAAAACCCGAAACAAACCUGUUUCGGGUUGUUUCCGGUUAUCUGAAACGUUUCGGGUUUUCCAAAACGUUUCGGGUAACCCGAAACUACAAAACCUGAAACGUUUCGGAUUGUUUCGGGUUUUUUUCAGAUACCGAGAAUCGCCAUUUUGAUUUUGCUCAGGUAGGGGAGGGGCAGCAGGAGGGAGGGUGACUGUAGGAGUGUGUGGGAGGUCAUGCAAGGGAGGGGGACUUUAGGAGUCACCAAUCCCACUGCUGCUUCCUUCUGCCAGCCAAUAGAUUCAAAUCUUUGGCUGAGGCUGCAGCAGGGGAUUUAAAUUUGGGGCAAGACUGGGACAGCUCUGUUGCUCACUGACUGUUGACUGAGAGAGGAGAGAGACCGCACCUGGAGGACAUCUACCUGGAGGAUCAACUGUGCUGGACAUCCGGAGAGGAGGCCUGGUAGGAAUCCUUUUUUUAAUUUUUGUGAAUGUAUUGAUGCUGGGCCAAUGUGCUGCUGUGGCCUGCCUCUGCAAAAAGAUGUUUCAGUUUAGUCUUGGCUUGGCCUGGGGGGACAUUUUCAGAUUGGGCAAGAGGACAAUGUUUGGGGGUGGGGGGGGUUCAAUGAUGCUUGUUGUGCUUGCUAGAUUUAAUGUUUCCUUUGUUAUGCUUGAGUGUGGGCUUGAUCCAAUGUUUCCCAGGCCUAAAAAAACAGUGUGCCUGUUUCUGAUGGCCUAUACGGGCCAGAAGCUCUGCUGGGUGGCUUUGGUGCCUUUCUGCUGGCUGGCUUUCACAAUUAUGCUUCACAACAAAUAGGAUUGGUAGCUUGCUUUGCUGUUUCUGGUCCCCUUGAUCCUAUGCUUCCCUGGCUCUUAAACAAGUGUGCCAGCUUCUGGCCUACACACAGGCCUGCUGCUCUGCUGGGUGGCUCCGGUGCCUUUCUGCUGGCUGGCUCUCACAAUUUUAUCAAUUGUGUAUUAAUUUAUUAAUUAUGCCUCACAAACAGGAUUGGUAGCUUGCUCUACUGUUUCUGGUCCCCUUGAUCCAAUGCUUCCCCGGCUCUUAAACAAGUGUGCCAGCUUGUUGAAUCUCUGAUUUGAAGUUGGUUGUGUUAAUUUUGUCUAGGGGACUUCUUUUUUCAUGCCCUGUUGUCCCCUCCUAAUGUGUAACCUAAUUCUGUUCAAAAAUUUUAGAGUUUGUUAAAAAAAUAUGUUUUAAAGAUGCUCUGAUGUGUAGUGAAUUGUGUAGUCCUUUUGUGUGGGGGACAAUUAGUGUGAUUUGACGUGAUUUGUUGACCUAUUGUACUUUGAAAGUGAGAAAUUAAAGUUUUUUUAAACUUGAA